AUCUUUUAAUUUUGUAAAGAGUGCUAGUUGCCAUACAGUAGUCCUAUUCAGCAUGUUUCUAGGAUAACUACAGCUUAAUUGACAGAGACCAUGGCUAUCCUUGAGAAUAAGGAUGAUACGAAUAAUUUUCGCUCCACAUUAGCUCAGGUGUUGGCCUCCUUGACGUUCAGCUUAUUGUCCUUCACUAUUGGAUUUGUCAUAGGAAUGUCGACCAUUGUCAUUGGUGCACUGAGAAAUGAUCAUUCACCACUUGGGAUGAACGAAACCGAGGCCUCUUGGUUCGGAAGCCUGGCAUACGUGGUGCAGCCUCUAGGGUGUGGUGCAUCAGCCAUCCUCCAAGACGUGUUGGGUAGAAAGAAGUGCCUCAUGGCCGUCAACAUUUUAAACCUGAUCGCUUGGAUUAUCAUCUAUUUUGCAACAAGAACAGCUUAUCUCUUUAUAGCUCAGACUAUCAUGGGUAUCGCCAUGGGUUUUUUGGAAGCCCCCGUCCUGUCCUAUAUCGGAGAGAUUACUCAGCCGAGACUCCGAGGUGUACUGACUAGUUUCUCAGGCAUUUUCUUCAAUUUGGGAGUCAUGGUGAUUACUUCCAUGUCGAAUAUCAUGGACUGGCGAGCGGUGGUUUUGUACAGCCAUGAUUGGUCCAUUAGUAGCUUUGUCUACGUUGGCGUUUCAACACUAGAAUAUAUACAAGUGAUAGAUAAAAUUACAGCAUUAGUUUUUAAAUUGCCAAAUAUCUGUCAGGUGCCCGACUCACCCGCUUGGCUGGUGACUAAGGGAAGAGUGAGGGACGCGGAGAAGGCCUACCAGUGGCUCAGAGGUUGGGUGCGGCCAGAGGACGUCAAGCACGAACUGGCCGCUAUAGUCGACUACGUCAAAGCGACACAGACCCCCAAAUUCGCACGUAGCACAGAAAACCCGGCCGUGAAGACUAAUGCGGAUCCUAAAUACCCAGUAGUCAAGAACCGCCUGCAGCUGCUAACUGACCCGGGAGUGACGAGGCCGUUCCGUAUAAUCGUUCUGUACCUUAUCACCAUGGCCUGUGCCUCACUCCUGGCAAUGAAACCUUUCUUCAUUGAAAUUUUAGAGACGAUUGGAUCUCCUAUAAGAUCUCACGCAGUCCUAGCAAUAUGUGGAGGUCUACAAACAGCUGGAGCGAUAUGUUGUGGUAUAUGCAUGAGACUCAUCGGUAAACGUCGAUUAUCCUUCCUUUCCCUCGGGCUGAGCACAGUCUCGUGCCUUGGUCUCGGUGGAUAUCUCACGUUCCAGCCAAACUAUCCUUGGAUACCUGUCACUCUUUUUUUCCUCUCUUAUUUUGCAGGUCCUUUGGGUAUUGGCUUAAUACCUUUUGUCCUCAUAAUGGAAUUGUUUCCCCUCAGGGCGAGAGGAAUGGCCAGUGGAAUUUGCGGCGCCUGCGCUCACGGAAUCUUCUUUACAACUACUAAGACCUAUUACAAUCUGGUGAAUCUGGUUGGGAUCUCAGGGGCGUGCUACUUCUACGGUGCUGUGGGAGUCCUAGGGUUUAUCUACUUCUACUGGGACUUGCCGGAAACAGAGGGCAUUAGUUUAGAGGAGAUCGAGCGGAAGAUAAGAGGAAGGCGGAACUCUAUACAAUACCAGACAAAUUAGUGGAGAAGCAAUAGUAGAAUAAGCACAUACAGUCAGACCCAUGGAUAUGAAAGAAGUUUGAUAUUUUUUAACCAUACCGUACAACAUAAUAAUUUGUAAAGCAUCAUUGCUCUGUUUACGUACAAAAAUUAGCACUCCGAUAUUUUAUAAUUUAUUUUAUGCACAAAUAAAAUAAUUUAUAUCAGUUAUACGAAUAAA